AUGAGAAAUGUAUGGAUCCUAUUGGCCGCAGUGCCGGUCUGGGGUAUCACCUUGCACCAGAGGGAGAAUCCGGCGGUAGUGCAGAUGGACAUCCAGCGCAACGAGAUUGCCGAUCCAGUCGCCAGAGAUCAAGCACGAAGAAAGCGCUCGACGAUCAGUCAAACAUUGGAUAAUGAGGUAAGAACCCUGAAAGGCGACAGGGAUAAAAAGGCGCAUAUUGACCUCCUAAAGGAAACCUUGUACUUCUGCAAUAUCACGUUGGGAACCCCCGAGCAAAGCUUCCGGCUAGUGAUCGACACCGGAAGCAGUGACUUAUGGACGAACACCCCCAAUUCCACCUUUUGUGAAAAUAAAGAGAAUGGCUGCAGCGUGUCGGGCACAUAUGAUGCGACGGCCUCUUCGUCCUACUCUUUCGUGAACUCCGACUUCAAUAUCACCUAUGCCGAUGGGACCGGCGCCGCAGGGGACUAUGUCACCGACACUCUGACGAUCGGCGGGACAACAAUUAAGAAUUUCCAAUUUGGCAUUGGCUUUACCUCGGCAUCUGCAGAGGGAGUGCUCGGCAUAGGAUACACGUCGAAUGAAGUCCAGGUGGGCGCCAAUGGCGACUCGGCCUAUGCCAAUCUGCCCAAGGCUAUGGUCAACAAGGGUCUGAUUCAAUCCAACGCCUACAGCCUGUGGCUCAACGAUUUGGAUGCGAAUACCGGAUCUAUCUUGUUCGGCGGAGUCAACACUAAGAAGUACCAUGGCACCCUGCAAACCGUACCCAUCCAAAAGGUCGGCAACCAGUAUGCAGAGUUCAUUAUCGCCCUCACUGGGAUCGCCCUCAGUAACUCUUCGGGGACGCACUCCUACUCGUCGAGCGCCAUCCCCGCCGGGGUGCUUCUGGACUCGGGCAGCUCCCUCACAUACCUCCCGGAUGCCAUCGUCAAUGAUAUCUACAACGACCUCGGCGUUACCUAUGAAUCUCAAAGUGGCAUCGGCUAUGUGGAAUGCAGCUUGGCCUCCAAGGACGUGAACAUCAGCUACACAUUCUCCUCACCGACCAUUGACGUCGGCCUCAAUGAAUUGAUCAUUGAUGUCGGGGAUUUGUACUUCCGCAACGGAAAGAAGGCCUGUGUCUUUGGUAUCGUGCCCGCUGGUAGUAGCACCUCCGUGCUGGGCGAUACUUUCCUCCGCAGCGCAUACGUGGUCUACGAUCUCGCCAACAACGAGAUCUCCUUGGCCAACACCAACUUCAACACCACGGAGAACGAUGUCUCGGAGAUCGGCACCGGUACCGAUUCGGUGCCCGGUGCCACCGCAGUCUCGAAUCCUGUCACGACAGCUCCCGUUGGAGGAACUGCGGCUCGGAUCGGUGGCAUUGGAGGGACCGGGGUAUACACCUCCAUCUCUGCGACCGGUAACAUGGCCAUUCCCAAAGCGACCGCCAUGCCUCGACACUUGGCUCUCGGCCUUGCUGGCGCCGGUGCUCUUUGGGCUCUGUGA